UACAAAGUGUUGAUUUCACACUGUAAUCAUGGAGAGCGAAUUCUUUGAUUUUGAUAAAUCAUUUAAGAUUAUGACAUUUGCUCUGAAGUUCAAUAGAUCACAUCCGAGCAUAAAAAGAGAUUUGAAAUGGAUGUUCCACUUCGGUCUAAUGCAUGGUACUUACUUCGCCGUUUUCGUCACCUUGGUAUACAGCAGCAUAAGUAUAGAUUUAAAAAAUGAUGAUUUCACACAAGCAACUGCGAAUGGCGUCCUUUGCUUGAUUUUUACCGUAUCUACCUACAAGUACUGUAUCAUAUGGUACUACCAAGAUCUGCUCCUUGAUGUAAUUAAGAAAAUUAAUAUGGACUAUGAAGAAGCCCAAUGUUUCACAAAAGAAGAAAAACAGAUCGUUCAUAAAUUUAUUAACAAAGGUAGGGAGGUGAACAAAUAUUGGUUUAUACUAAUCGUAACAACAGCUUUCAUAUUUCUGGCGAAGUCAUUGGGGUUGAUGUUAUAUUAUACAAUUAUUGAUGAAUUUAAACUUGUGCAUUUGUACGAAAUGCAUUAUCCAAAAUUUUUGGAGGACAAAAAAGAUACUUUGAGUGUGUUUAUUUUAUUAUAUAUAAUAUUCCUGUUCUACGAUUUAUAUGGAGCACUUACUUACAUCGGUUUUGAGCCUUUCGGUCCAGUUUUAAUGCUUCACUCUUGCGGGCAGCUGGAGAUAGUGAGAGGAAGAAUUCUUAAAAUAUUCCAGAGUAAUUACACAGAUGCUGAGAUAAUAGAACAAUUAAACGACAUUGCAAAAUAUCUACAAAAAAUACUCAGUUUCAUAGAAAGCAUCAAAACUAGCUUCAAGAUUUUAUACGAAUUAACAUUGAAAGCCACGGCUAUAACAAUCCCAAUUACUAUAUAUCAAAUUAUUCAGUCACUUAAAAAAGGGGAACUGAGAAUAGAAUUUCUAACGGUUAUAGUAGCUGGCGUGGGUCUCAGCACUACUCCUUGUUAUUAUAGUGAAAUGCUUAUGAAUGCUGGCAAAGAUUUGAAUCAAGCAAUAUACGAGUGCGGUUGGGAGAAAAAUUUUGAACCGAAGAGUCGCAAACUAAUAUUUUUAUUGUUGUUGAGGACCUCGAAAUCUAUGGCUGUCCGUACUAUAUUUGUUGAAGUUUGCCUGGAAGCACUUACUGAUGUAUAUCAUAUGGCCUAUGCAAUCUCAAAUCUUCUAAACGCAAAAUAAACGUCAAUUAAGCUGACAUAAAAUUCUUAAGUUCGUCAGUUUUGCUGUUUUAUAUGCGAAUGGUUCGACGUGACAUCGAAUUAUUAUCAUUCGUCGUUCAUUGAAUUCAUUAAGUCCAUGGAAGUUAAUAAAGUAACUGUGUUUAUUUUCUUUUUACGAUACUAACUCUUACUUAUAUAAACGGUUCACAUUUACGCUCUUGUGAUUUUAUUUCGCAUUUUGUGAUGAAAAACAAAAGUAAAGGAAAAUGUAUUAAAUCUGCAUUUUCUUAUAUUAUAUAAUAAUUGCACUUCUGAC